AAACAUUUGGGUUUCACAAGGAGGGAUUUCGCAUUUCAUUGAUGCAAAAAUUUUGCAGCAAUGAGUGGCUAAGGGAACAGGAUUGUGAAAGUUUAUUUAUCAAAGUCAAAAAGUCAAUUUUGCUGCACUACUUCAUAACCGGAAGAUGCAGACAACUCGGGUGUAUUUUUAAUCAUCUAAAGGCAGCAAGUUCUCCUCAAAUCUAAAAUUGAACAAUAUCAAAGCAAAAAUGGCGAGUAAAACAAUGUCCACGCCAGAGCACGCUCCUUUGCGAGACACGCCUUUACGAGACGACGUCACUCCUGUUGGAGACCAUGACCGGAAGCCAAAAGUGCAACUUUGUCUGGAAAUGCGAGAGAAAGAGGUCCCAACGAAGAGCAAAAGCAAGAAAAGAGUGGAGCAGACUGUGCUAGAAGUCACGGUUAUGUGGGUCAAACACAUUCCCCAAUCGUUGGGACGACGGCCCAAUCCCUUCGUAAAGUUACUCCUCCUCCCACAAGACACGAUAAUGACAACGGAACUGAAGCUGGAAAAGAAUGACGCUCAAUACAUCGAAAUCUUCAAUUUUCCCCUCAAAAGUCAAGAUCUCACGGGAAGUGUGCUCGAAGUCAAAGUUUGUGAUAACAAGGCUACUCGGAACGCAAAACUGUUUGGAUCUGUAUCAAUUCCAUUGGAAAAUUUAAAACUGGGGCAGCCCGUCAUCAGUUGGUAUCAUCUCGCCGCUUCGGAAAUUGAGAAAGAUAAAAUUUCUUCCCUUCCUCGGACUACAAAACCCAAGAAAAAGAGUAUAAUUCCGAAGAAGUUGAAGAUGACCCAAGAUGAUGAAGACGAAAUGAAGGAAAAUGCUAAUGAUACUUUUUAAACUCUUACACAACAUUUUAAAAUAUGUUUUGAUUUAUUUCAUUAAAAACUUUUUAAACUUAAAAAUACUUUAAAAUAUCGACACUCCAAUUUUUAUGUGUAAGAAUAAGUUUAUCCGGAAAGUAUUUUUUAUAAUACUGCUUCUGGUUAUCAGUCUAAUUGACUGUAAACCAAUAUUUUUAACAAUUCAAUCUGUGAUUAAUUUAUUGUUGUUGUACAUAUUAUUUAUUAUUGUAAAUUAUACUUGCUAACGAUCGAACGAACGGUUGAUGUGAAAUUAAAUAAAAAUAUGUGAUAUUUA